AUGCUGUGCUGGAUCCUGCUGCUGGCCCUGCUGCCGGGUGCUGCUCUCCCACGGCCCCUGUCCCAGAGGGUCACCUACUCAGUCUCCGAGGAUUUCUCUGCUCCCCUGGAGCUCCCGCAGCAGCACUUCGGCCUGGUGGACGACUACGGCAUCAAGCCCAAGCAGCCCCGCUUAAGGCCUUGGGCAGCCCGGGAGCGGCAGGCAGCGCUGCGCAGAGCUGGAAAAAGCAAGCACGACGAGUUUGACUUGCUGGACUACUACGAUGAUGCCCACCUGUGA